CGGCAAUCACCCGGAAGCGCGCGGAGGCCCUAACCCGGAGAAACGCCCUCUGCGGGGAAGGAGAGACCCCACGCCGCCGCCAUGCCUCGUCUGGGGUCCCGCGCAGCCUCGAUCCUGCCACCACCGUUGUUGCUGUUGUUGCUGAUGCUGCUGCGCCCCGUUCUCGCCGUACCCCUGGAUCGCGGGGCGCCCAAGGAGCAGAACCCCGCGACCGAGAGCCCCGACACGGGCCUGUACUACCACCGCUACCUCCAAGAGGUCAUCAACGUACUGGAAACAGAUGGGCACUUCCGGGAAAAGCUGCAGGCAGCCAACGCAGAGGACAUCAAGAGCGGGAAGCUUAGCCAAGAGCUGGACUUUGUCAGCCACCAUGUCCGCACCAAGCUGGACGAGCUCAAGCGGCAGGAGGUGUCCCGGCUGCGGAUGCUGCUCAAGGCCAAGAUGGACGCGGAGCAGGAGCCCAAUGUCCAGUUGGACCACAUGAGCCUCCUGAAGCAGUUCGAGCACCUGGACCCCCAGAACCAGCACACAUUUGAGGCGCGGGACCUUGAACUGUUGAUCCAAACGGCCACCCGGGACCUCGCCCAGUACGAUGCUGCACAUCAUGAAGAAUUCAAACGCUACGAGAUGCUCAAGGAACACGAGAGACGCCGCUACCUGGAAUCCCUGGGUGAAGAGCAGCGAAAGGAGGCAGAGCAGAAGCUGGAAGAGCAGCAGCGCCGGCAUAGGGAACACCCCAAAGUCAAUGUACCCGGCAGUCAAGCGCAGUUGAAGGAGGUGUGGGAGGAACUGGAUGGAUUGGAUCCCAAUAGGUUUAACCCCAAGACCUUCUUCAUACUGCAUGAUAUCAACAGUGAUGGUGUCCUGGAUGAGCAGGAGCUGGAGGCCCUCUUCACCAAGGAGCUGGAGAAAGUGUAUGACCCGAAGAAUGAAGAAGACGACAUGCGGGAGAUGGAGGAGGAGCGACUACGCAUGAGGGAGCACGUGAUGAAGAAUGUGGACACCAACAAGGACCGCCUAGUGACCCUGGAGGAGUUCCUGGCAUCCACGCAGAGGAAGGAAUUUGGGGACACCGCGGAGGGUUGGGAGACGGUGGAGAUGCACCCCGCAUACACAGAGGAGGAGCUGAAGCGGUUUGAGGAGGAGCUGGCCGCCCGGGAGGCUGAGCUGAAUGCCAAGGCCCAGCGCCUCAGCCAGGAGACAGAGGCCCUGGGGCGCUCCCAAGGCCGCCUGGAGGCCCAGAAGAGAGAACUGCAGCAGGCUGUCCUGUAUAUGGAACAGAGGAAACAGCAGCUGCAAGGCCACAGUGACGCAGCUCCUGGCCCUGAGGGACAGCUUAGGUUCCAUCCUGAAACAGACGAUGCCCCUGUCCCUGCUCCAGCUAGCGACCAGAAGGCCGAGAACAAUUCUGAGAAGAAAGUUCCAGAGCAGCCCCCCGAGCAACCACAACAGGAGCCCCAGAGCCUGUGAUGCUGCCCUGCCUGCAGCUCCUGACCCUGAUGUGGGGGUGCUCAGGAUGAAUCCUCUGGACCCCGAGUGGCGCCUGGAUGGGAGGACAGGGCGGCAGGUUACACUUGGCUUAGGCUUCCUCUGUGCCUCAGUUUUCCCCAGCCUGGUACCUUAUUUCCAUCCCUCUCCACAGACACACCUUGUCUCAAAUGCUCCCUGGUCAGCCAAAUAGGGGGUCCCCCUCCCUCCUGAGAGGGUCUGCUCUGGGCCAUGGACCCCCAGCUGCUGCUCUGGACCUCACUUUUGCUGGGUUAUAGGUCUUGGAGAUUGAUUGAGAAUUUGUACCAGUAACACCUCAAAGACAGUGUUCUCAUGGAAGUUAGGACCCCCACAACACUACACAGGGGGCCCCCCGACUUUCCCUACUCAGCCUCCUCCUCCACACCCCACAAGGGUCCCGGAGCUGGUCCUUCCCAGAUGUGGGUUCCAGCCCCUCAGUCUCACAUGGACCCCUCAGGACUGGCCCCCACCCUUCUGGUCCUUCUACCCCUACCUCUUGGGCCCUCUCAGCCUGCUCCCCUGGUUUCUACCAAAUACACAUUCUAGAACAAA